CGUGUCGCGCGAGCGCCCGUCGAUCGAACCGUCGACGCGCGUCAUGGCGCGACAGCGCUCCUUCGUCGCCGCGGCCGUCGCGGUCGCGCUCGCGUGCGUGGCGCUCGGCCCGAUCGCGGGCGCGAACGCGGGACACGAUGGGUGGGGACCGAAUCCCACGCCCACGUCGUCGAAUUCGUACAACAAUCCGGGGUACUACGGUCCGUACUACGGAGGCGGGUCGACCUGUCCGCCGACGGUGACGACGUUCGGGAGAGACGCCAACUGCCCGACGUCCGCGGGCGAUUGCGGCACGACGUCGUUUUAUGGAAGUUCGGAUUGCCAGCAAAUGACGUGGGAGUACGACAAUUACAAGUAUUACGUCCUCGACGGGCAACCGAACUUGCCGGAACCGUUCACGGGCAUUCCGCGCGUGAACAUCGAGACGAAUGAGAAGUAUGAAGGUCAGAUGGCCCUGGAUCGGGCGUACGUCGGAUCGAUCGUCGGUCAAGCGCUGCCGGGCAUCGUCAUCGCCAUCAUGUUGUUCGCUUCGAUGCUUUUGGUGUGCUUCUUCUACCUCAUCUCCUCCGUGUGCAAGUGCUGCGGCGUGUGCAAAUGCUGCUUCCGACCGAGACCGUAUACGCGCAAGGCUUUGCACGUGGCCAAGGGAGUGCAACUCUUGUUUGUGGCUCUGUGCUUCUGCGGUUGCGUCGUCAUCUACGCCGCGUCUCCGGACGUCUCCAGCGGCGUGCGAACGAUCACGAGCGGUUUGGUCAACGCCACGAACGACCUGUCGAACGAUGUGAGCUCGCUCCAGACGACAUUAGCUGCCGUUCAAUCGACCGACAUGGACACCGCCGAACUCACUGACCUGAGCACCGCGGCUACCACGGCAAACGUGGAAAUUACCAAGACGAAGAAUAGCAUCGACAAAGCACAAGAAGACGUCCAACUCGCCGCCGACAUCGUCGCCGGUGUUCUCCUCGGCGUUGCCGUGAUCACGAUGGUACUCUCUGUGCUGAACUUCUGGCGCUUACUCAUCAUUUUCUCCGUCUUGACGUCUUUGAUUUUGAUCGCCACGUGGAUCGUCGUCGGCGCCUUGGCCGCCGUCGGCGUCUUCCUCGACGACUUGUGCUACACGAUGGAUUUGUACGUCCAAAAUCCGGAUUCUGUCUCCAUCAGCAAGGAAAUUCCGUGCCCAGACGCGAAAGAUGUCGUCCAAUUCGGUUCAAAGUUCCGCGAACAAAUCAACAUCAUGGUGCAUGACCUCAACGACAAAGUUUUCACGCACAACGGUGGUGUGGGUGCUGGAAACCAAAAAAAUUUUCUGUGCCCGGCCUAUGAAAAGCAGACCUGGGAUAACUUGUGCGGUACCGCCUCCCAACGUAAUGCUGGUUCCUGGGUAUCCCCGUUAUGGAGCGACGAAUUCGCAAACAAAGCCUGCGAAGCCUACCACAGGGGCGACCUCGGCGGCACGUCCGCGGCCCCGUCGGCUACGUUCACGCCCUUUGUGACGUGGGAUUGUCGGUCAGGCGACACUCCUAGCGGCUACCUCAACUUCACGUUGAGUUCAAGUACACGCGUUACCCAGACAAUCGGCGGGGACAUUGGGACUUACUACAACGGAGUAAGUGGCGUGACGACGCAGAUGGUCAGCGACAUCACGAACGUCUACAACGUCAUUUGGCAGUUUGAGUCCAUCCUCAAGUGCGACUUCAUCUCCAACACGUUCAUGUGGGUUCAACCGGGCUGCCGCGAAGCCGUUGACGCCAUUCAGCUCAUGUGGAGAGGUUUCAUCGUCACCGCCACCGGCUACUUGUGCUUGUGGAUCACCAUGCUCGUCACCCUCGGCCGCAUGGCCAACGCCGACUUGAUGAUUGACGGCGGUAAGUUCAACGCCAAGAAGGCUGGUUUGAUCUAAAUCAUCGCCGCGCAUCGCGCACGGCGCGCCUCACGAGGCGCGAUGCCGUGACAUUUUCUCAAGUAACAACCUUUAUGAAUCAAAUCUAAAAUCCUACUCUAA